AUGCAUCCUCAAGUACCUUCAGCAGGUCAAUCGUCCGUCGUUCCCUCCAAAAAUGCUUUACAAGCUCUGCGCCGUUUGGCCCUAUCAUCUCCGGUACUCGUGGCUAGCACCAUUGGCGGUGUCUGCGGUAUUGCAACCUUGAACUAUGAAGUCAACCGGAGAGUCCGCCUUGCUGAACAAGCCCUCGAAUCCAAGAAAAUCCUACGGUCGUUGUCCCAUGGAAGAGGUGCCACACAACUGAAUGCUAUGAUCGAUGCUGCGGAAAGAGGCGAAGAUUUCACAUUGGGCACGAGAAGUACCAAGAGGAAGAAGAAGAUUUCAACGAGGUCUUUCUCCGCUGUUGCUCUCCAUGAACAUGUGGAACCCACGCAUGAUAUAAGGCCCGAGGACCUGCACACAGAGGUCGAACUUCAAUAUGUACCAUUCAAUCAGCCUGACCCUCACUCCAGAGGAAUAAAUCGACCAACGCGUGCUGCAGCUACCGCUGCAACGCAUACGAAUGGUGUGCACAACAUAGCUGUUGAGAAGAUCUUGAAAGCCAACAAGGCCCCGCAUAGGUUGUCGAAUCAUCGAUUAUAUGCCCAUCCAAAACAGCAGCGCCGACCAGACGUCGAAAGAGCCUCGGAUCUACUUCAGAAUUGGCUCAAGCAUAUCCCGGAGGAGUCAGGUGGAGAGAUCUCAGAAUCUACGUCUUCCAAGGAGCCCAAUCGUGAUAAUACACACCAAAAAGGUCGAAUAAGAGGUUCGGGCUUGUACCUGAGAAAUAUUGCUCUGCUAGAUCCCUUGCAUACGCACGAAACGCCAGUCAGAGUUGAACACAAUCCUCUUCGCUCUGCACCCGAAACCCCAAUACCGCAAUACCAUCUCCACAUGGCAGACCCUCGCGGCGGGUCGUCUGUAAACGAAAACGAUAUCAAUGGAAAGUCACUCCCCGUUGAUCCACUUCUCGACCAAACACAUUCUGCGCCAACACCUGACCAUGAGAAUUCCCGCGCCGAAGGUGCGGUGCGUGGAGCGUUCCAUUCUCGCGGAGAUCAAGCACCUUAUUUGAUUGCGUACCUCGACGAUGAGCGCGUGGACCAGGCUCUGAGAGACUUCCUUAGAGAAAUCCCACGGCUCCCUUGGGACCCAGUUGCGAUCGAGCGCUUGCUGCCAGCAGCGCCGAAAGAUUUCGUCGCCCACGCAAAAAACGUCCUGGACUUGAAGACCCUCUUCAGCCUGCAUCGGUUUAUCCGACCAGAGAAUAGGAAAAUGAGGAGACACUAUCAGUAUCGACGCUGGCUUGCUGUCAUGAGGCAUUAUACCAACAAGCACAGCACUCUGAACUGGGCAAUCGCGGAAGCAGUGUUUUACGAACACAGGAGCUUGUUCAACUCCAAAAACCUCAAUAUCCGACCGGUCUUUGAUCUCGUACAGUAUCUCCUAGCGACAGAUUCGACUUCCAGCAGAGUUCAGAACAUCCUUUUCGCCAACUCAGUGCAGGGUUCAGCAGAUCCAGCCGAAGUUUUGCAGCCAUCUAUCCAGUACUUGAACUCCUUCUGCGAAGAUCAGCACACCAUCCCCGAAUGUCUUGAGGAGACGAGAAAGAUUAUUGAUAUUGCAAGACGACGUGGGCUCGCACCGUGCAAGGACCUUAUCGUACCUAUCCUCAAAGCCGUUGUCCGCUCAAAGGACCUCGAGGAUGGAGAGACCGUCCUCGAUCAGCUUGGAGCGAUGUUCGGCAACAGUGAUUCUCUCGACAUUCUGGGGGAAUAUGCCUUUUUAAACUCAUGCGAGGGUAAAUGGGCAGUGGUCGAGUCUACAUUGGACAAGAUUCACAGCGUCAACAAAUCGAGAAGUCGACCUGUUGAAUUCGCCCACCUAUUUCAAAAACUUCUCUUACAACACACGGCCCAGAAUCCCUCAGUCCGAUCCUUUGGCUUCACCGUCCAUGCGAUCAAGUACGCCGGGUUGAUACCUACUGGGCUUAUAUCGAGGACACUCAUCUGCGCCUGCGUCAGAGAUCGCCGCUACGACUUGGUUGUCGAAUGGGUGCGCUUGAUCAAGGAGGCUUUUCCGCGGGUGAGUCUGGGCUUUGAACUCCUCCAAGGUGGAUGGAUCCUUGCGGAUACCCUAAUGGAAAUCCGUGCCAGCUGUGAGGAAGUUGCCAAAAUUUGUCUGACAAUUGCUCAUGGAUGCCGGAAAAAUCCAUUUGGUCCAAGCUUCAGGGAAUUUACAGUCGACCUCAUCAAGUCAGAUAUGACUCAAAGGUUAUGCUCCACCUCUGUUCAAAUAUCGGUAGGCAGUGCGUCGAGGGGGGAUAUUAGCGCGAUGAGCUUGGAGCAGUUGCUCACGCUCGCUUUUGACCUCCGCAACUCAUUAACGACACCAAGUUCAAACGAUGUGCAAAUGGAGGGACUAAAGAGUGACAUUGCAACGCAGAUGUCCGCAAUUGCGAACCUCGCCAAAGCAUUUCGAGGCGACACAAAAUUAUUGUUCCUUGGUAACAAAGAUCAAACGGAGAUUGUUCUCAAAGCUCGUCGUGAUGGCGAUUCCGGCCAGAAGUUGCGCGGCAUGGGUAUAUCUAAGCGGACAUUUCCAGAGCUCUUCGAUCAAGACCGGCCCGUUGGGAUCAGAAAGUUGACAGCCGCGCUAGUAAGACACUACGAUCGGCGUGAGAGGCAUGGCCUCCCUGUCGAUCACUCCCUGCUGAGACAGGUCACAAUGAAUAUCGGUCCGCAACACCCAUCGGAAAUCCUUGAACUCGUCGAGGCCAUCUAUGCGAGCGGCUAUGUCCAAGGACCCAAUGGGACACCAUUCGACACAGACAUCUUCAAAAAGUGGCUCUACUUGGUGUCGACCAAUGGAUCCGUCAAGUCUGCUGCAGCGGUAUUGGGGGCGGUGGUCGAUUCCGCCAGUCAUCUGCAGUGGACUGCGCAUUUCCGUCAUCUAUGUGAGUUUGUGACUCAGGCGGAAAGUCACCCAAAUGGCAGCUUCUGGGACGAGAAGCAAUAUCCCAAGAAGCCCGAAGACGAGGGACUGAAGUCGCUGUAUGAGGAGAUCAAAAGGAUAUGGGUUGGUGUGUGGAAGCAGAGGAAGGAGACGUUCCGGUUCCCCGAAUGGAAGGGCUGGGAGAUGGAACUGAUGUAG